UUCUAUUAUUUAUCCAUAUAAAUAUAUUUUGCUGAACUAUUUGUGUGUGUACAGAGCUGUUUAAAAGACACAAUCGGACAGAACCCUGCAACAAUGGUGAUGAUGAUACCCACCAAUAUCACUGCCAGGAGCAAGAGAGAGACAUCACGAAGUAACAGUCACAUGGACAGUCUGCCCAACUGGAGUGAUACUCAGAUAACCGAUCUCGUGCACAAUCAUGUAUCAUCAUAUUGGAGCGAGAGAAGUAACCAUGUAAAGUCCUCGAAAACCCUACACAACUAUAAAUAUACAUCUAAACUACAAACACAACUGGAACCUGACAUCAACCAGUACAAAAUAAAAAGUCAUAUAGAAAAUAAGCAUAAAAUUUCUACAAAACUCGAUAUGAUAAAUAAAACUAAGGACAGAACAAAAGUCAAACUCAAUAAAUUUGAUAUAGACAGUAAAAAUGAUAUUGUUGGAUUCAAUAAAACACUGUAUCUCAAUUCUGCGAAAGAAUCUGUGAUCUCUACAUUGGCAUCUCAUUGGUUAGGAACUCUCAAUUCUGUAUACCAACGAUCAAGAGCAUACAUAGAAAACACAUUGUGCUGCCACAUGAUUCUGUGUCAAUUGGAAAAGUCUAAGAUGAAAAACACUGUUAAAAGUUCAAUAGUGGCUAAUCUUAUAAGCCAUACUUUACACUGGAUAUGCAGUGAGAGUUCUGCAGAUAUGUGCAACUACUCUAGCCAAUGUCAGACCCCGCUGGCAAGGUCAAUCACAAAAACCAUAGUCGAAUUCCUCAGAAAGUUUUGAGAACAAUUGUUUGGAAACAUUUUUAUAAUUACAAUUUUUUAAUUAACCAACUUGUGUAUGUUUAAUUGUAGAAUUAGUUUCUAAAUUGGACAUACAUAAUUACUAUGUUAUAAUUCUUACUGAUGAUAAUUUUCCACUAACGAUAAUGAGAAGAAUUCCUAUCUAGAUACAAUUAUUACUGUCCUAAUCCAAAGUUAUUUAUUGUUACAGAGUAACUUAU